AUGACUGGUCUGGUUGCUUUUGCAUCAGCAUUACCGGCGGCUCCCAGGUUGACUGCCCGCCAGCAGAAGAUCUACGAGGUCAUGAGGCGACAGAGCGCGGCUGAGCAGGCACUGGGCAUCAACGAUUUUGACGUGUUGCAGUUCGCCCUCACCCUGGAGAAUCUUGAGACGGCCUUCUACCAGCAAGGUUUCGCGGCCCUUCCUGCACAGCAGUUUCUGGACCUGGGCCUGACUCAGACCCAGGUGGACAGCCUGGUGACGAUUGGGCAAUCCGAGGCAGCUCACGUCGAGAUCAUCCAGAGCACGCUGGCGCAGAUGGGCAUCCAACCCGUCGUGCCGUGCCAGUACAAUUUUGGCGGCGCCUUUGCGUCGGCGCAGGCCAUGGUACAGACCGCCGCGAUCCUGGAGCAGGUCGGCGUGUCGGCAUACCUGGGCGCGGCGCCCAUCGUGUCGUCCCCCGUCGUCCUGGGCGCGGCCGCCUCCAUCUUCAGCAUCGAGGCCCGCCACCAGAGCUUCAUCCGCACCGUCUCGGGUAUCGCCUCCGCCCCGGACUUUUUCGACACACCCCUCAGCCCCAAGCAGGUCUUCUCUCUCGCCGCGCCCUUCAUCAGCUCCUGCCCCCAGGGUAGCAAUCUGAUCCUCACCGCGUUCCCCACCGUCUCCAUGACCAAUGCCAACCAGCAGAUCAUCGCCGACCAACAGCUCCAGCUGCAGAGCGAUGCUUCCGGCCAGGCCACCGCCUGUGCUUUCACCGCUGGCGGGUUCCCCACGGGCUCUGUCUUCACCGCCUUCACCAAUGGCGCAUGUGCCACCCCCCAGGGCUUGACUGGUGUGGUCUACCUUAACCUCGUCAGCUCGACUCCCGCCACUGGCAAGAUCUCGGACGACAUUAUCGUCGCUGGGCCAAUGGUGCUCCAGGUGUCUUGA